AGUACCGCACAGGAGGAGGAGCUCGCCGCCGCAGCAACAACAACAACAACAACAUCAGCCAUGGUGCUAAAGACAGAACUCUGCCGUUUCAGCGGUGCCAAGAUAUACCCUGGGAGGGGAAUCAGAUUUAUUCGAUCAGAUUCUCAGGUGUUCCUAUUUGUCAACUCAAAGUGCAAACAUUACUUCCACAACCGCCUGAAGCCUUCCAAGCUUACAUGGACUGCCAUGUACAGGAAGCAGCACAAGAAGGAUAUUGCACAAGAAGCUGUUAGGAAGAGGAGACGUGCCACAAAGAAACCUUACUCUAGGUCCAUUGUGGGUGCAACCUUGGAGGUAAUCCAGAAGAAGAGAGCUGAAAGGCCAGAAGUUCGAGAUGCUGCCAGGGAGGCUGCUCUUCGUGAAAUCAAGGAAAGAAUCAAGAAAACAAAGGACGAAAAGAGGGCCAAGAAGGCAGAGGUGGUGGCUAAGUCACAGAAAGCUGGAGGUAAGGGUAAUGUGUCAAAGGGAGGAUCAAAAGGCCCUAAGCUUGGCGGUGGUGGUGGAAAACGUUAGCUAUUGUUUAUGUCGUUCUCUAAGUAGUGCUAGAGUGAUUUUGCAUCUUGAUUGAGUGUAGCUAUUCUGAUCCACCAGCGUUUAGCGCACUCUGAAACAAUAUAUUUCUGAAUUUUGGUCUUGUUUUCAAAUAUGCAGAUUGCUUUACUUUCAUUCUGUUAUGAUAAUUAUAAUCUUGUUCCAUUA